AUGACAGUCACCAAGGCAACUGAUGAAAUCUUCUCCGACGAAUCGAGCUUCUACGGCGACGAAGAGGAAACAAACAGGCUUGAGACCCUCGUUUCGACCUACGAUCCAGAGCCAUAUUGGGGCGAGUAUCAUCAAAAUCUCUUAUCAACAAUGCAACAUAACUUGCAAGCUCCGACAAAACCGUCGUCGUCGGACGUCUCAAUGAUGGAUGCACCUCCCCCACCAAGAACAAUACGCCAGGAUCGUCGCGGAAGAAUAGAAACCGUAGAUCAGUUUCUCUCUCGACUUCCGCCCUCGACUACAGAGAUGACGACUGCGAGACCUUGGAUAUGGACCUACAAUCACCAUAUCCCACCAACUGGGGAGGGGGAUGUUCCCACCCUAUUGAGAAAAGGUCGAGAGCUACUCGAAGCGUAUGAGAGAGAAAGUAAUGUUCUACGCCUGGAGCACGACAAAUCAGGCGCAAAGACCACAAGCGCUCUAACGCGCAAACUCAACCCACUCCGCCGAGAGCUGGAAAAGGACAUCCUCGCUCUCGCUCAGGAAACAGGCGUGACGCAUGGCAAGUGGAUGCUUUUCCCCACCCCUGACGAAGUCGAUGAAACCUGGGCUACGAUCGCUAGGGCAAUGGACAAGGGCGAGCUCGGCGACACCGCGAAAGUUGCCCCGAAUGAUGGGUCCGGACAAUCGCCUUUGAUAUGUGUUUAUACGGUUGACUUUGCGGACGUCGAGGAUGUCAAACGUGUGGCGAAGAAGCUGGUUGAUCUUGGGCUUGUGGGGAAGGGACCUCGGCCUAUUUUCUACAAGAGUGAUGCAUACACGCUUCUUGAAAUCACGUCGAAGAAUGAUUAUGGGCUGAAGGCGAGCAUGUUUUCGAGUCGGGAUGUGCUUGGGAGCAAGUGA